GGACUCGACCGUCGCAGAUGAUCGUACUCAUCUGCUCAGCGCUCGUCGCACGAUGAGUGAUGACAGUGAGAUGGCCAGAGGUCUCUACGGAGGUCCUGCCCCGGAACAUGCUAUCGUCGACGAAGAAGAGGAAGAUGAUCCGACUGAAGAUGACAUAGCCACCGAGGAGGCCGAAUUGAAUCGCCCUCGCUAUCGACUCUGGACGUUCCCUGUGCACAUCAGCGAUGAAGAAGCCGAGUCUUUGAUGAAGUUGUUCCCCGUCUCGAUCACUCGAACCAGAGGAGGCAAAGUCAAGGACGUACGUUUUCCUUUUGUUCGACCAGGAAGGGGAAUCAAAGAUCUCGAAAGUGGGGAAAGCUCACGUUGGGAGACAGUGUUUGUUAAUGGAGAAGAAAUUGCACGCAUCCCACAGGUCGCUGUCGAGUCGGAGGAAGGGGUCGUGCGCAGUGGGACAGGUCGUAUGUGGGUUGGACUAGAGGUGAGGGAUGCAGGAUGGAGAGGAGGAAAGUGGUUCAGUUUUCGACGUUGGUGGCGUCGCCUGUUUGGUAGAGGAUGAGAGACUGGCUCUCAACUUUUGCUCGCAUCCCUCGAUUAUGUAUUGGCUACAACGCAUCCAUGCAUGACGAGAUUUCUGAUG